AUGUUUAAGUUGACUGCUUUGCUGGCUAUCAUCGCCUGCUCCUCGGCCCAAGUGCUCCGAUUCAGUCCACUCACACUGGGCUCGACCAACGCCGCCGAGUUGCAGACCAUUCAGCUGACAGCUCCGGCACCCCGGGGACUAGCGUUGGCCAGACCCGCGGUGCACGGCCUGCACGGCGUGCGAGCCAUCGCCGCCCCGGCCGCCCUCCACGCGGCGCCCAUUGCCAUCGCCCCUCAGCCCAUCGCCAUCGCCGCCUCACCCCUGGCCAGACAGGCCGUGUUCGCCCGACAGGCCAUUCACGCCAUCCCCCAGCCAGCCAUCGCUCUCCGCGAGGAGACGCCCGAGCCCUACACCUAUGCGUUCACUUCCGUCGACGAGUUCGGUACCCAACUGUCCCGUCAAGAGCAGGCCGAUGGUAGCGGCGCCGUCACCGGCUCCUACAGCCUUUCCGACCCCGAUGGUCGCCAGCGUAUCGUGGAGUACAUCGCCGACGCCGCCGGCUUCCGGGCCACCGUCAGGACCAACGAGCCGGGCACUGCCAACGCCAACCCCGCCGACGUCCAGAUCCACUCGACCGCACCCACCCGACGAUAG